AGCCGCCGCCGCCGCCGCCCGGGGCCGCGCCGCCCCCGCCAUGGAGGCCAACUGGACCGCGUUCCUCUUUCAGGCACACGAAGCCUCCCAUCACCAACAGCAGGCAGCACAGAACAGUUUGUUGCCUCUCCUGAGCUCUGCUGUUGAGCCGCCCGAUCAGAAGCCGAUUCUGCCCUUACCAAUAACGCAGAAACCUCAGCCUGCACCAGAAACAUUAAAGGAUGCUAUUGUUGGGAUUAAAAAGGAAAAACCUAAAACCUCCUUUGUGUGCACUUACUGCAGCAAAGCUUUCAGGGACAGCUACCAUUUGAGGCGUCACGAGUCCUGCCACACAGGGAUAAAGUUAGUGUCACGGCCAAAGAAAACUCCCACCACAAUGGUGCCCCUUAUCUCGACCAUCGCCGGUGACAACAGCCGGAGUUCGCUGGUUUCGACUAUCGCAGGCAUCCUGUCCACUGUCACUACGUCUUCCUCUGCCACCAACCCCAGCAGCAGCGCCGGCGCCACGGCCAUGGCGGUGACGCAGACGGUGAAGAAGCCCAGCAAGCCCGUGAAGAAGAACCACGCCUGUGAGAUGUGUGGGAAGGCCUUCAGGGACGUCUACCACCUCAACCGGCACAAGCUGUCCCACUCGGACGAGAAACCCUUCGAAUGUCCCAUUUGCAAUCAGCGCUUCAAGAGAAAGGAUCGCAUGACCUACCACGUGAGGUCUCACGAAGGUGGCAUCACGAAACCCUACACCUGCGGGGUGUGUGGAAAAGGCUUCUCAAGGCCUGAUCAUUUAAGCUGUCACGUUAAACAUGUUCACUCAACAGAGAGACCCUUCAAAUGCCAAACGUGCACUGCUGCCUUUGCCACCAAAGACAGACUGCGGACACACAUGGUGCGCCAUGAAGGAAAGGUAUCGUGUAAUAUCUGUGGUAAACUUCUGAGUGCAGCAUAUAUCACCAGCCACUUAAAGACACACGGGCAGAGCCAAAGUAUCAACUGUAAUACCUGUAAACAAGGCAUCAAUAAAACAUGCAUGAGUGAAGAGACCAGCAACCAGAAACAGCAACAGCAGCAGCAACAGCAGCAGCAACAACAGCAGCAGCAGCAGCAGCAGCAGCAACAACAACAGCAGCAACAGCAGCAGCAGCAGCAGCAACAGCAGCAGCAGCAGCAGCACGUAACAAGUUGGCCUGGAAAGCAGGUAGAGACCCUGAGAUUGUGGGAAGAGGCCGUCAAAGCCAGGAAGAAAGAAUGUCAGUUCACCUUUGAGAAGGCUAUAGAGUACGUACCAUUCGAAGCUGCUAACUUGUGCCAAACCUCCACUGCUGCUACUACGCCUGUGACUCUUACUACUCCAUUCAAUAUAACGUCCUCUGUGGCUUCUGGGACUAUCACAAACCCAGUCACAGUGGCAGCUGCAAUGAGCAUGAGAAGUCCAGUAAAUGUAUCAAGUGCAGUUAAUAUUUCCAGUCCGAUGAACUUAGGGCAUCCUGUAACCAUAACCAGUCCUCUGUCCAUGACCUCUCCAUUAACGCUCACCACCCCGGUGAACCUGCCCACCCCGGUGACCGCUCCAGUGAACAUAGCGCACCCCGUCACCAUCACGUCCCCCAUGAACCUGCCCACCCCCAUGACGCUGGCUGGCCCCCUCAACAUAGCCAUGAGACCAGUGGAGAGCAUGCCUUUCCUGCCCCAGGCCUUGCCCACCUCUCCUCCCUGGUAAACAAGUUCUAAACAGUAUUAAAAAGGAUUAAAAUGGAA